UCCUGAGGUCAGGAAAAAUAGGCAUGUAGCCUACAUGGUGCUAAAUCAUGUUCAAACAUCAAACAACUUGAAAUAUGUGAAUUUUACGUGGGCUUAUUAGCAAAGAGUGUUUGUAUUUGGGCCCAAUUUGCUUUGCUGACUUCUCUAGUUCUUCUUGGUUAUUCUCAACAUUAUAUGCAAAUAGGCUUACUUCUAGUCGAUUGGGAAAUGGAAGAGGAGGGAGGAGUAAAUGGGUGACAGAAGCUUCAAGGAAGCGGUCAUUACAUCGUCAGAAUCAAACUGACAUAGACAGCGCUUCGGCAGUCUAGCUCACUUUCUCGGUCGGCGACUUGUGGCUGUCUCGUAAGAAGAGUCCCUUCAUAGUUUUUCAUGGACCAGGAGUAGGAACCAGGUGUGCAUUGGGUUAUAGUAGCCUACCUGCACUUACAUUUAGCAGAGUCCACUGUGAUGGGAGAUCAGGAUCUAACAGAGGAGAGUGGGUCAGAGGAACAGGAGGACCAGGAAGACAAGAGCAUCCAUGAAAAUGGCGUUCACAGGUUUUCCCAGCUGUCUGCGAGUGUGCAAGCUGUUGUGCGCAUUCGCCAAAAAUACCAAGCCCUCAAAAAGAGGCGUUUGGAAAUGAGUGCAUCACAGCCCUAUUUCUCCUCUCCACGCACGAGCCCAAAGAUAUUCACCUUCGAUGCCCAGUCGGUCAACAGUCCUCCUGUUAUUCGCAAAAAGAAGAGGAGGAAACGAGGAAAGGUUCUGUAUCCCAGUGAUGGGUACCGUAAAGUUGUGCCCGACCGGGAGCGUAGCCGGGCCAAGAACUGCCUUUUCCUGUUGUGCAUCAUCCUGUUCCUUCAAAUCUACAAUGCCAUCGAGAACCUGGAUGACCACGUGCUGAGGUAUGACCUGGAGGGUCUAGAGAAGGUCCUAAAGAGAGAGGUAUUUGGACAGCAAGAGGUGCGGGAUAAUCUUAUGGAGCAUUUGAAGGAUUACUUAUCCACAUACGUCCAUAGCAAACCUCUGGUGUUGUCCUUGCAUGGCCCAACUGGUGUCGGCAAGAGCCAUUUGGGUCGCCUCCUGACCCAGCAUUUUCGCUACAUGGUUGGGGAACGGCUGGUCCUGCAGUACUUUGCUCUGCACCACUGCCCCUCCAACGAUGAGGUGGUGAGCUGCGCUCAGAGUCUGUCCACUCUCGUCUCCGACAUGGUCACGCAGGCGGAGGACGAGGAGAAGAUCCCCGUCUUCAUCUUCGACGAGGUGGAACACAUGCCGGGCCCACUUCUGGACACACUCUACGAGCUGAUCCGCUCACGCCACAUGAACGAGUACCUCAACGUCAUAUACAUCCUCAUCAGCAACCACGGCCACGAGGAGAUCACCAAGUUUGUGCUGCACAACUCCUCCUCGAGCUUGGCCGGGGACGGCCGUGGGCAUGUCAGCCGAGAGCUGGUGCCUCUGCUGCGGCAUAGCCUGGUGAAACGCCACCUGCUCUGGAAGGAUGCCGAGAUCUUAACACUCACUCUCCUGGAGAAGAGUCACGUCGUUCAGUGCUUUGUGGACGAGAUGUCCAGAGAGGGUUUCUACCCCGACCUUGCACACAUAGAACAACUAGCUGGAGAGAUCUCUUACUAUUUUGUCGGGGGACGGGAGUUUUCUCGCACAGGAUGCAAGCAGGUGGUGGCAAAGGUCAAUUUGCUGUGAGGCUCGAGGGUGCCAUAAGUUAUGGGAAAGUUAGGACGAUUCCAAGAGCCCUGCACUGGCAGAAGGCCCUCAUAGAGCAUAAUAACCAGCAUAAUAGUAAUUAAGGGGCCCAAUUUUAUAUUCUUUCAUAGGAGCCAAAAUUUCUAGUAGCACCCCUGGUAAGACUCGUUGGAAGUAGAAGUUGAGUAGAAUGUAGAAAUGUAUUUGGACAAAAACAAGCCCUGUUGUGAAAACAUCUGCAUUAUACUACACCAGCCAACACACCUAAGGAAGGGGAGAAGAAGGUCGGAAAAAAACAGCGAAGGAAAAAUCAGGGCAACCUCAUUCAUUGUGCUUUUACUCUUGUUAAUGUUUUUUAUAUAUAUUAUUUUUAAUAAUAAAGAGAUGAAUGAUGUUUGUUGAA